AGCAGCCAGCCAGCAAGAGCACAUUGCGAAGAGACUAUAAUAAAGUAACCAAAUACAACUCUUAAACUCAUAAAAUGUGCCCUAUGGAAGAUAUCAAAUGCUUUUUAUGAAGCCCGUUGAAUGUUUGAGCAAAGUAAUUAUAUGCCAGUUUUCUAAAAACAGAAGAUAUUUUUUCCCGGGCGUGGUUUGCACUCGGCAUUCCUUCUCAUAUGCCAUGUGACCUAGACCCGAUGAUCAAUUUAAACAUGACAUGGAAGGAGGUGGAAUGCGACCAGGUAUAGAGAAAGUUUAGGUAGUUUGAAAGAAACAAACCAGGGUAUGGACGAAAAGGAUGACGAACAACUCGGAGCGUUUGAUCCCAACAUUCCAGAGGAGGGUCCGUCGGCGCCCCCUCCUGGCUGGCUAGACUGUGUGACGGGGUACGAUGAGCCCAAAGGAGGAGACACAGACCAGCUGUACCCGCCCCCUCCUGCCUACAACCCUCAACCUGAGAACGACAGGAAUGCAUCCGUCCCUAACGUCAGGGUGCCUCAAGUGUCAGAGGAUGUAGCCAGAGAAGCUCUCCUGAAGUUUGUGGGCUCCAAGUGGUCCAAAAGCAGCAAGCCUGCCAGAAACCUGACCUUCAAGGAGUUACAACCCAUCACAAUGUAUCGGUAUCGUUUGGAGACGUACACUGAGUCCAGAUCCAGUGCCUGGGAGAUGGAGCCAUAUACUGGCCAGGUGGUCGACGGACCUCAGUACGGGAUGAGCCCCCCUCCGUGGGACGUCCCGGUGCAACAGCCACAGAGAUACACUGAUGUGAUCCUGAAAGUGCGUGUCCCUCACUCCUCCUUUGUAAAGACGUGUCACCGAUGCCAUGGCUGUGGUAGGACGCGCUGCACACACUGUGCUGGGAGGGGAAAUAGGCGAUGUCCGUUCUGCCAUGGACAUGGACGCAGGACAACAGGACAUGGACGUAACAACAGGGCCGGCAACAACAGAUGUUCUAGCUGUCAGGGGAGAGGAAGGAAGAGAUGCACGUUCUGCCAUGGACAUGGCCACAAGACCUGCCCUACCUGCCAGGGCAACAGAAACCUGAUGCACUUCAUUCAGCUCACCAUCACAUGGAAGAACCACGUGUUUGAGUUCGUACCGGACCGGCUGCCUGAGUUCCCUCUCAAGAAGUUUGAGAAGGUGUCUGGGGACGCGUUCUUCGUUGAUGAAAGUAUUCUGGUGUACCCCAUCGUGGGUUUCCCUGACCAGGAGAUCUGUGAUGCCUCCAAGAAGGCAUCUCAAGAACACCACAGCAAGUUCUCACCACAGCAAGUUCCCUGUCGCAUCCUACAACAGCGUCAAACCAUUGAGCUGGUCCCCAUCACUCACGCCUUCUAUUCCUACAGUGGAAAAGACUACGACUACUUUGUAUACGGUCUCGAGAAUAAGGUUUUCACUCCUAAAUAUCCUUCCGCCUGUGUUAUAUUAUAAAGGAAAUAUCUCAUUUUUAUUUUUUUAUUUUUUUAUUUCACCUACCAAUAACCUACCAAUAAUGCAAUGGUAGUCCUGUCCUUUUAAUGAAUAUUUCAUAGUCAUUAUAAUAUGCUUUACUUAUUGUUGUAUAAUCAUUGGAUAAGGAACAUCUACAGUAUGCUAGAAAUGUGUAACUACCGUCUUAUUGAUUGUGCAUAGAGGAAAAGUCUAUCCUGACAUUUUUACGUUUGUAAUUAUUAUUAUUUUUACUCAAAAGGGUGCUAGCCAUUGUGGAACUCAGUGUGUGUAAAAUCAGUGCCUGUUCAUUCCAGUCAUUCCAUUUCCUUCACACAAUUGAAUUGAAAGUAUAUGCUAUACUAUAGCAAUGAAAUCCAAAGUAUAUGAAGUUGGAUAAUGGAAUAUUUUAUUCUGAAUUAUGUCAUGUUUGUAUGUAACUCUGACGCCUCUCCAGUUUUGAUCAUAGCGAUGGAACCAUAGAAAUAGAAUGAGAAGCAGAAUCAUUCUAAUUCUGUGGAGAAUCUAGUCAAUCUGUUUCUAUGGUUUGGGAUCAUCCACUGAAGUCUAAACUCAGAGUAAGAGAGGUAUUGCCAGUGUGGAGCUUGUGUGUGUUUCUAAUUGUAAUCAAUUAAAUGGUUUUAUAUCAAUCUGAAUUGUAAUACAUGCACCUUACAACCUACAUGGAGAAUAAAAAUAAUACAACGUUUCUAUAACCUGUAUUUUUUAUAAUAAAUUAAAAAACGAUGAUUUUGAA